CCGCCCCCUGACCCCCGCGGGUAUCGGGACUGUGUCGUGGAGGUCCAAAAUGGCGCUGCUAGGUCGGGUGUUCCUUGUUGGGUACCACGGUCCUCGGCGGUUUUUCAGUUAUGGAACAAAAACACUGUAUCAAAAUAAUGAAGCUUUUCAGUCUCAAUUCUUCCAACCCCUUCAAAAAGCCAUGCUACCACCUAAUAGUUUUCAAGGAAAAGUGGCGUUUCUUACUGGGGGAGGUACUGGCCUUGGUAAAGGAAUGACCACUCUUCUGUCCAGCCUGGGAGCUCAGUGUGUGAUAGCCAGCCGGAAGAUUGAUGUUUUAAAAGAGACUGCAGAACAAAUUUCUUCUCAAACUGGAAAUAAGGUUCAUGCACUUCAGUGUGAUGUGAGGAAUCCUGAAACGGUGCAAAACACUGUGUCAGAAUUGAUCAGAGUUGCAGGACAUCCUGAUAUUGUGAUAAACAAUGCGGCAGGGAAUUUUAUUUCUCCCACCGAAAGACUCUCUCCUAAUGCUUGGAAGACCAUAACUGACAUUGUUCUAAAUGGUACUGCCUAUGUGACACUAGAAAUUGGAAAGCAACUAAUUAAAGCACAGAAAGGAGCAGUAUUUCUUUCUAUUACAACCAUCUAUGCUGAAAGUGGGUCAGGUUUUGUAGUACCAAGUGCUUCUGCCAAAGCAGGAGUGGAAGCCAUGAGCAAGUCUCUUGCAGCUGAAUGGGGUAAAUAUGGACUGCGAUUUAAUGUGAUUCAACCAGGGCCUAUAAAAACAAAAGGUGCCUUUAGUCGUCUUGACCCAAUGGGAACAUUUGAGAAGGAAAUGAUUGCUAGAAUUCCUUGUGGUCGGCUAGGAACUGUGGAAGAACUUGCAAAUCUUGCUGCUUACCUUUGCAGUGAUUAUGCUUCUUGGAUUAAUGGGGCAGUCAUUAGAUUUGAUGGUGGAGAGGAAGUAUUUAUUUCAGGGGAAUUCAACAGUCUGAGAAAGGUUACCAACGAGGAGUGGGAUACAAUAGAAGGACUCAUCAGGAAGACAAAAGGCUCCUAAGACCACUCUUGCCUUCAUCUCGGUUAUGAGGGAAAUGCUAUAGUUUAUGAUAUUUUGAAUUAUUUUCAAGUCUAAUAAAUUGUUAAUCAACAAAUCAGGACUGAAUGUAUAUCUGUGCCAGGCCAGUGGUAGGUAGAUAUUGUACAUUAACAGAUAUGUAAGAUGGGAUAUUUUCCCUUCAGAAUUUUUUUUAAUAAUUAAAAAAAAGGCAAGUAAGAGAAGGCUAUGGUAGAGGUAAAAUGCUUGGAAGUGCAGUGAAAGAAACAGAUAUUAUAGCCUGAAAAAAUCAGGAGAAUCUUAAUGGUUGAAGUAGCAUUUGAGUUAUGCAUUGAACCAUGCCUGUGAUGAUGGGGCCUUAAGAAAAGAAAGUGAUGGUAUACAGUAAAUUUAAUGGACUCUGAUUUAUUGGACUCUGCCUUUCCAUUAGAUUUCCUUUUCACUGGACUUGUGAAUUAUCUUCUUUAGAUAGCUCAAUAUUAAUUCAAACAAACUUUUUCCAGGACCUAUCUUAUAGUCUGCCAUUUUAUUUGGUACUGAGGAUACAACAUGAACCAUCUACAGACUUUGCCUUCUUGAAACAUUAUCUAGAAGGGUAGAGAGACCUAUAAAUAAUUAUUUGUGGAUGCAAUGUGAUAAAUAUUAUUCCAGCAGUGUAAAAGUAUGGAGGAGGAAGUAAUUCAUUCUGUCUCCAAAAUGCAGAGAAAAUGACACCUAGGAGAUAGCAUUCCAUCUCAGCUUUAAAAGAUGACUAGAUUUCUCUAGGUAGAAACUAUGAACAAGCUUAUAAAAUAUUUUUGUGUGUCAUUACAUUUCAUUUCAUAAGUGGUUUGACUAAUUUGUCAUCCUGAGAAUCAAAUAAUAAACCCACAGUCUCAAAUGUA